AUGCACUGCGAAGCAGCGACGGGACUCAGUCUGGGAAUUGAAUUUGCAUAUUGCAGCUUGCGAGGAGUCCGUCAGGACAACAGAAUGGGCCCAGGGUCGGUUCAGCUCGGCACCCCUUCAGCGGGCCAUGUGCCCGAGGAUAUGAUGUACAGCUUCUCAAAUGCUCGAAUCGGUCUGAUGGUGGGCAUCGGUGGCUGA